AUGCAAGAUAUACAAAAUCUUCAAGAAAGGACUGAACAGUUGAAGUUCGAGUCAGAUUCAGAAACAGAAACAGAUUCGGACUCAGAUUCCGACUCUGAACCCAAUAUAGCUUCAAAGUUAAGUACCAAUUCGAAUACCAGUGGUUCCUCCAGCGUCAACAAGAAUAGCAGAGAAAAAGAGGACAUCGUAACAAGAUACGCUCAUAAAAUCAAAACCGAUGAUAUAAAGAAGGGUCCUAAAACUACUAAAGAUAGAGCCAAUAGAGCAACUGUAGAGCAAGUUUUAGAUCCAAGAACCAUGAGAUUCUUGGCAAAAAUAAUCAAUACUGGUGUCAUAUCCAGAAUAAAUGGAUGUAUCUCGACUGGUAAAGAAGCCAACGUUUACCAUGGAGAUCAGGAAGAUUCAUCUAUAAGUACUAGAGAGUAUGCUGUUAAGAUUUAUAAGACUUCAAUUUUAGUCUUUAAGGAUAGAGAAAGAUACGUAGAUGGAGAAUUCAGAUUUAGAAACACGAAAAAUCAAAGUAAUCCAAGAAAGAUGGUCAAAGUUUGGGCAGAGAAGGAAUUCAGAAAUUUGAAAAGAUUAUAUCUCAAUGGAAUUCCAUGCCCUGAGCCAUGUGAAUUAAGAUCUCAUGUUCUAGUUAUGGAAUAUUUGACUAAGGGAGCAGGUCAACCAUCUCCCAAAUUAAGAGAUCACCCAUUCAAGGACGUUGAUGAGAUUGUUUACUACUAUCAUCAAAUGUUGUAUUAUAUGAGAAGGAUGUAUCAAGAGUGUAGAUUGGUUCAUGCGGAUUUGAGUGAAUAUAACUCCAUUGUACACCAAGAUAAAUUAUAUAUAAUUGAUGUUUCGCAAUCUGUUGAGCCUGAGCAUCCAAUGGCUUUAGACUUUUUAAGAAUGGAUAUCAAGAAUGUAAAUGACUUCUUUUCAAGAAAAAAGAUAAACGUUUAUCCAGAGAGGCAUAUAUUUAAGUACAUUACCGAAGAAGCCGGAAGUUUAGGCAUUCAGAACAAUUCUGAUGAAGAAUUGGCUAAGUACUUGGAAACUUUACCUUUGAAAAGUGAAAUUAAUGAAGAUGAUAUUGAAGAUGAAGUGUUCAGGUCAUUGCACUUGGUAAGAUCUUUAAAUCACUUAGAAGAAAGAGAUUUCCAAAAAUUUACAGAAGGGAAAGUCAACACAUUGAAAGAUCUAGUCGGCAAAGAGGUUGAAAAGACCACAGAAGGUAAUGAAAAUGAAGAAGAAGAAGAAGAAGAAGAAGGACAUGAAGAAGACGGAGACUCUGAUGACGAUUCUGAUGAAGAUUCUGAUUCUGAAUAUAGCGAUGAAGACUCUGAACCAGAAUACGAUGAGGAUGGAAAUGAAAUUCCAAAGAAAAGAAUGAGGAAAGAGAAAGAGUUGAAGGGUAAAAGGUUUGAAGACAAAGAUGAUAAAAAGGCCAGAAAAGAAGCAGCAAAGAAUGCAAAGCAAGAAAAGAGGAAAACGAAAAUGAAGAAGCAUUUGAAGAAGAAAUUGAUCAAUAAGAGGAAGACAGCAAAAUAG